AUGACAGAAGGCCAGCCUUUGGAUGGCAGCAAGGCAGCAGCUUCCCACAGCAUCACCAGGCAGGACUUGGCUCAGGCCAAGGCGCUGGUAGGCUCGGGGAGAAGUGCUGACCUGAGUGCAAAGGAAGACAGUUCAGUGCUGCAGAAACUGCAGAAAUGGGCGGACUAUCAGAGCUAUGGGGAGCCAGUAGGCCCCACCAGAUUUCUGCCCAUGAAGACGCCUAUGUCCUCAGAGAUCAUUGAGAACUGGUCCCUGGACGAACCACCGCAGCAUGUGCUCACCAUCCAGAGCCUGCGCAAGGACCAGCAGGAGAAGGGACGCACUAUAGGCCUCAUCAUAGAUCUCUCCAACCACGAGACACUAUAUGCUGAUGACCUUCAGGCAGUCGACGGGAUCCAAUAUACACACAUACCGUUGGUGGCAAAAUCAUUUCCUCCAGCAAAUGCCAUCACUCAGGUCAUCAAGACUGCCAAGAGCUACUGGAAGGAGCACCCUAAGAAGUACAUUGCCAUCCACUGUGCUUAUGGCUUCAACAGGACGGGCUUUGUGGUGUGUGCAUACCUGAUCCAGGUCUGCAGGCUCAGCGUCCUUGACGCUCUGGCCUGCUUCGGGGCAGCCAGGCCACCUGGUGUCAAGCAUGAGAAGUUUGUGGUGGAGCUCUCGAGGCGGUAUGGGACGCGGCUGCCGUCAGUGCCUGCCGCUCCAGAGAGGGAGCCAAAUGAGGACGCUGCUGAUGUCAGAGCCGCCCAGGCAGAUCCCAACCGCGCCUCAGUGUCAGGAAGCUCCGCGGAGGGAGGCAGCCCACCAGCCCUGCAAUUCGGAGGUGGCAGCAGUGGCGGGCGCUUCGUGCGGCUGUACCCUGAGGGCGCCGACCCCUCGCAGCCGUGGGAGCCUGGCACCCCCAGCAAUGAGAGCGUGCUCGCCACCCAGCAAAUCUGGGACAGCCUCUCCCGCGGCCAGCACACCGCCUACAGGUUUCGAGCGGCGUCGGAGCUGUCAGUGGCGGGCAGUGAGGCUGGGAACCGCUUCAGUGAUGACGAGGCGGGCCGCAGCAGCAUUGGGGACGGGCACUUCUCCUGCAGCUCUGUCUUCUCUGAGUUUGGCUACGUGGCGCAGCACCUGGAAGAACUGAACCCCAGCAUCGCACACGCAAGGUCGAGCAUCCGGCCGCUGCCGCCCAGAAGUACAGCGUCAGACACUUCAACCGUGGCGUCUGAUCUGGGCCAGAGGCUCUCCUACGGCCCGCCGGCCGCCCUAGAUACAUCUGCCACAGAUGCCGCGCUCACUGCCAGCCCAACUCAGCCGCUGCCGCCGCAGCCGGCCGCGCAGCCGCCACCGCAGGCGGAAUCACCUGUUGAGAUCGGCAGGGGCGGCCCUGCAGGCGAUAGCAAUGACUGCUUGCGAUCCAAUUCUUGGGAGAGGAGACCGCCUGGCCUGCUCUCUGCAUCGUUUGCCGCCGAAAACAGGUGCCUCAGUGAGGACGGCGCUGCGGUGAAUGGCGUGCACGACUCGGCGGCCAGCCCGCGGGUGGGCAGCGCCAGGAGCCCGAGCGGGGCGGGCUUUUUGGCGGGGCGCGGCUCGGGGGGCGCCGUAGAGGGCGCGGGCAGCCUGCAGAAGAGCUUUGUGAGCAACAGCAGCCUGCACAGCGAGUCGGCCAUGUCGCUGGUGAACAACGAGAGCCUGGGCCUGGACGAGCGCAACAUCUUUGAGAAUUUUGAUAAGCUCGCCGCCAGCCGCCGCAGGAGGGAUCUGACAGUGCAUGAGGACGGCGAGGCAGAGGUGCAGUCCCGCCUGUCGCUGGAAGAGAUCCAGGCCGGCCUGGACUGCGGCAAUGAAGAAGACAAUUUUGACAUGGACAUGGGCCACCAUGCCGAAUGCACCCCCAGCACCCCCUUCGCCUCCUCUGAAGCGCAGGAGGCGAACCCGGCCCAUGCUGUUGAGGGCACGCCCCACGAUGAUGGCGACCAGUCAAUUGACACUGGGGAGGCAGGGGAAGAGAGGAGAGGUUUUGUGCCAGGUCCUGGCAGGGACAUCCCGGCUCGCAAGCCUGCGCGGGCGCGCCAAAAGGCGCUCAAGAGAUGUUCUGCUGAUGCUGUCCGAGGAGAGCGAGCAAAGGUGACCAUAGCAGAUGUCAUCGACAGGGCAAAUGAUCCAAGGGGGAUGGGCAGCCUUGAGCCCACAAGCCCACGCUCAGUGGAGGCCUGCCUGCGCCUGGGCAUCGAGCCAUUUGAGCUGCACUUCAUGCCGCCGGACAUCUUCGCGGAGGAGUUUGGCGACAAGGAGCUUGCGCAGAUAGCCUACAACCACCAUGAGAGAGUCCGGCAGGAGCGGUUGGAGGCUCUGGUGGAAGAGAGGAAGAAGAUAUCAGGGAGGGACGAGGAUGCCAAUGACAAGGUUGCCAAGGGCACCAAGAAGGGUGAGGCUGAGAGUGAGGACAUGGUGGAGAGGGAGGCCAAGCGGCUGGAGGUCCUGAAGCGGCGCCAGGAGCGCGAAAUGGGCCAACUCGACAAGGCGGAGGCAAAGUUGGCAGACUUGGAGGCUCGCAGCGAGGAGCAGAGGAAGGCAAGGGCCGAGGCGGAGGCUGAGUGGCGGCGGCAGCAGCGGGAGAGGGAGCUAAAGCGCGCCAAGGAGGAGAUUGCUCGCGAGAAGGAGGCACGGCCCUGUCUUGCUUUGAGGGAAUGUCAUAAUGCAAGCCUUCUUUCCGCGGUCAAGGCGCUGGAGGUGGCGAGGUAUGCGCGUGAGCUGGAAGCGGCCCAGAAAGAGGCUGCAGCUGAGAAGCAGCGGCGCAAGGACGCCUAUGCAGCGGAGCAGGAGCGGCGCUUGAAGGCGGAGGAGGCGCGGGCGGAGACCGAGCGCAUUCUGGCGCAGCAGGCCGCCGACCUGGCCGCCAAGAAGGCCGACAUGAACCGACGCGACGCCGAACGCGAGGCCGUCAAAGCCGCCAAGGCGCGCGCUAUGGAGGAGGCCGCGGCGGCGAACCUCGCGGCGCGCGAAAAGGCGGAAGCGCGGAUUGAAACGGCCCUGAAAGCGAACGCGGCCAUCCUGCGCGACCGCCGCGCUGCCUUUGACCAAAGGCAGGCCUUCACCGAGCAGCGCAACCUGCAGAAGGAUGCGGUGAGGAAGCAGGAGGAGGCUGACGCGCGGCGGCAGGAGGCUGAAGCCGAGACCGCGCGAAGGGCGGCCUACAACGCAGCCGUGCGUCGGGAGCAGGAGCGAGUCGCCUCCAUCCUUGCCAAGCAGAGGGAGAAGGAUCAGAAGCUGGACGAGCUGAAUCAUGUGCGCAGCCAUGAUAUGGCCUGCCGCAAGCUCAAGCACCGCCUGGACCUCGACCUCAAGAGGGACAAGGCACGCCCUCUACUCUUCAAUUCGCACUCUGGCUGCCUGUCAAAUGUGGAGGCGAUGCGGCGGAAGGAUCUGUACGGGCGGGAGCAACUGCUGGCCAAGAUACGGGGCGAGACGGAACGCGCACACGAGCUGCUGGACGCGCGGAGUGCCCUGCAGGAGCAGCGCAAGCACGCCAACAUGGGCGCAUCCUUCCAGCGCCAGAAGCUCAUGCAGGCACGACCCCUGACCUCAACUUUGCUUGAGGCCAUCCUGAUUACAUGCCAUCUAAGACUCACGAGUGCAGCGGCCAUGGAGAGCAUCAAGGCCAAGAAGAACUGGACAUCGCUGGCUUCUCCUGAUGGAAGGGUCAAUUUUGACUCGGUCCUGAGGGCUUGA